AUGACAGUUGCUACUGGAGACCCCACGGAUGAAGCGGCAGCUUUGCCCGGUCACCCUCAGGACACGUAUAAUCCCGAGACCGAUCAUGAGUGCUGUGAGAGGGUGGUCAUUAACAUCUCGGGGCUACGGUUUGAAACGCAACUCAAGACGCUCGCUCAGUUUCCAGAGACCUUGCUAGGGGACCCUAAAAAGAGAAUGAGAUAUUUUGACCCUCUCCGGAAUGAAUAUUUCUUCGACCGAAACAGACCCAGCUUUGAUGCUAUUUUGUACUACUACCAAUCCGGUGGCAGGCUAAGAAGGCCUGUUAAUGUGCCCUUAGACAUCUUCUCUGAAGAGAUCCGGUUUUACGAACUUGGGGAAGAAGCUAUGGAGAUGUUCCGGGAGGACGAAGGCUACAUUAAAGAAGAAGAGAGGCCUCUUCCUGAGAAUGAGUUUCAGAGACAAGUAUGGCUGCUCUUUGAGUAUCCUGAAAGUUCAGGACCUGCCAGGAUUAUCGCUAUUGUCUCUGUCAUGGUGAUUUUAAUUUCUAUCGUGAGCUUUUGCCUGGAGACACUUCCCAUUUUUCGGGAUGAGAAUGACGACAUGCAUGGCAGCGGGGUGAGCUAUCAUCCCUACUCCAACAGCACCAUGGGCUACCAGCAAUCCACCUCAUUCACAGACCCCUUCUUUAUAGUAGAGACACUUUGCAUCAUUUGGUUCUCCUUCGAGUUUUUGGUGAGGUUUUUUGCCUGUCCCAGCAAGGCUGGGUUUUUUACCAACAUCAUGAACAUUAUUGACAUUGUAGCCAUCAUUCCCUACUUCAUCACCUUGGGGACUGAACUGGCUGAAAAACCAGAGGAUGGCCAGCAAGGCCAGCAGGCAAUGUCUCUGGCCAUCCUUCGAGUUAUCCGCUUGGUGAGGGUCUUCAGGAUCUUCAAACUGUCCCGGCACUCCAAGGGGCUGCAGAUCCUGGGGCAGACCCUCAAGGCCAGUAUGAGGGAGCUGGGCCUCUUGAUAUUUUUCCUCUUCAUCGGUGUCAUCCUGUUCUCCAGCGCUGUCUACUUUGCAGAGGCUGAUGAGAGCGCAUCUCAGUUCCCCAGCAUCCCAGAUGCAUUCUGGUGGGCAGUGGUUUCCAUGACAACAGUUGGCUAUGGAGACAUGGUCCCCACGACCAUCGGUGGUAAAAUAGUGGGCUCCUUGUGUGCCAUUGCAGGUGUAUUAACGAUUGCCUUACCAGUGCCGGUCAUAGUGUCCAACUUCAACUACUUCUACCACCGUGAGACCGAGGGAGAGGAGCAAGCACAAUACUUGCAAGUAACCAGCUGCCCAAAGAUCCCUUCUUCCCCUGACCUAAAGAAAAGCAGAAGUGCCUCCACAAUUAGUAAGUCGGAUUAUAUGGAGAUUCAGGAAGGUGUAAACAAUAGCAAUGAAGAUUUUAGAGAGGAGAACUUGAAAACAGCCAAUUGCACCCUAGCUAACACAAACUAUGUUAAUAUCACCAAAAUGUUAACCGAUGUCUAG